AUGGAAGGGGUCCAAGCCCUGGAUGAGAAUGUCAGAAGCGCAGCAGGGUGGAGAUUCCAGGCGAACAAGCUCUUGCUGGUGGCCGCCGGGGUCCAGGGGCUGGGGCUGGUCCUGUGCCUCACCUACAUCUGCCUGCACUUCUACGCUCCUCCGGUGCCGCCUCAGCAUCCUCCAAUUCAAAGUAUCAGAGCACAGUUUACCCAGUGUGAUAGUGGCAAAGCUUGCCUGCUCAUGCCCCCAAGCAAGGAGGAGACCAUGAAGGUGCAAGACAACUCAAUCCCCAUCAACUGUGACGGGUUUUAUCUCAUCUCCCUGAAGGGCUACUUCUCCGAGGAGAUCAACCUCCACCUUUAUUACCGGAAGAACCUGCAACCGCUCUACUCCCUGAGCAAGGUCCAGAUCGUCAACUCCGUCACUGUGGCCUUUCUGGGUUUCAAGGACAAAGUCUACUUGAACGUAACCGCUCAUAAUACCUCGUGUCAAGACAUCCAGGUGAAUGGUGGGGAGUUAAUUCUCAUUCAUCAAAAUCCUGAUGAAUUCUGUGCCGAAUGA